GCCUAAGAUUCGAUUAUCAGUUCUAAUGGAUGUCUCUCUACCAUUGGAUAAACUAUCUAUCGGAUCACAACCUGAGUAAUAUUUUCAGAGCUUUUUUAAUUCAAUUUUCGACUUCUAUUUUUUUUGUCUCUCAUUACUUAAGUUGUGGUGAUUAGAUUCUCACAAAAUUCACUGUAAAUUUCUUGGGUAUUGUUUCUUUUUGUUUGAUCAUUUUUGUCUGUAACAGGGACAAAGCUUGUGUAGUGCUUGUGGCAACUGGGAGUUUCAAUCCUCCUACGUUCAUGCAUUUACGCAUGUUUGAGCUGGCGAGAGAUGCAUUACGCUCGGAAGGGUUUCAUGUUCUUGGAGGCUAUAUGUCUCCUGUGAAUGAUGCAUACAAGAAAGAGGGACUUUUAUCUGUAGAGCAUCGUUUAGAGAUGUGUAAUCUAGCUUGCAAAAGCUCCGACUUUAUAAUGGUUGAUCCGUGGGAGGCAUCCCAAGACAGCUACCAACGAAGUUUGGUGGUUUUAUCAAGGGUCAAGACUUUCCUUACAAACAAUCUACUUGUACCCAAGGAGUCUCUCAAAGUCAUGCUACUUUGUGGCUCCGAUUUACUGCAAUCUUUCUGCACUCCCGGUGUUUGGAUCCCUGAACAGGUAAAGAGUAUUUGUAAAGACUAUGGCAUUGUGUGCAUCCGUAGAGAAGGGCAAGAUGUUGAAAGCAUGAUCUUUGGUGACAGAAUCUUAAACGAAACCCGUGAUAACAUCAGAAUCGUCAACAAUUUUGUUCCUAAUCAAAUUAGCUCAAGUAGAUUAAGACAAUGCAUUUCGCGAGGACUAUCCAUCAAGUACUUGACUGAAGAUGGAGUGAUAGAUUACAUCAGACAACACCAACUUUACACUGCGCUCACAUAACAAAAGCUGAGAGGAUUAUUUUCUUCACCAGAUUAGUCUUACCACACAAACCAUUCAAAUAAUGUGAUAAACAGAAGUAAUCAUAUUGUUUCUCAUUAGAUUCUUGGUGUUAAAGAUUAACAAGAAAGAAUACGUAACAACCAACACACCGAGCAACAAGUACAACAAAGUGACUACUAAUCUUUUGAUAUGAUUCUCAAGGUUAGUCACAAGCCACGUUAGCGGCUUUGAACUUUUGUGCUUGCCGGCGAGCAGCCGGCUCAGAAAUCAUGGCCUGAAUGAGCAUAGUCUUCACCUCCCAAGGAGCAUAAGAAAAGCUUCUUCUCGCAUAAGAGUUGAGCAGAGCAGCGAUCCCUUGCUUCAGCAACGAACCGUACGCAUUCCCUUCCUCGUCAUUCCUAGCCGUUGAUUCCACCAGCGUCAGAUCAGAUCUCCAACGCUCUUUCGCCACCAUCACUCCGAACAUUUUCUCCACCGUUGAUCCCUCAGGCACCAUUCUUGGCCAUCCUUCCCUCCUGCUGCUCCAAUACCUGCAAACACGUAUCAACCGAGAGAGAGUCAAAUGUCAGAAAAGUA